GUCCCGACAUGCGCCAUGUGAAUUGCGCAGAAGAGCGUUGAAUGGUUGCCUCUCCGCUUCGGGAAAUGUGGCGCCGGGGAUGGUGGAGUCCAGCUACUGAGUGGGGAGAGGAAGGCGAUACUGUCGCCCUCUCUCUUGCGUCCAGGAAUCCGUGACAAUCCAGGCUGGAGAUCUGUAGCGACAAAUAUAUUUGGAGACGGAUGCGAAGAAGAACCGCAAGGUCGUCUUUUCCUUCGCCCAAGGGGAACCCUGGAUGGCUUCAGCUGAGCCACUGUACCGAGAUGCAGAGGCUCAAAUGAAUGCUGCCGCCUUCGACGCAAACAGAGAUUUUUCCUUUCUCUUCUGAGGUUGCUGGUGGAUAAAGAUGGGGAUCAGUCAGUUGCUUUCUCUCUGACCGCAUCAUGGCUUGCAUGGCUUAUCCCAGCACAAGUGAGUCCCCCUUUUUGGCAGACAGACAUGCUCAUCUUAUACUGGCCCAGAUUAAUAAAAUGAGAUGUGGACACCACUUCUGUGACGUGCAGCUCCAGAUUGGUGAUGAAGAAUUUAAGGUCCAUCGACUUGUCCUGGCUGCAAGCAGCCCUUACUUUGCUGCUCUGUUUGCUGGAGGGAUGAAAGAGUCCUCGAAGGAUGUUGUGCCGAUCCUAGGAGUGGAUGCUGACAUCUUUCAGAUCCUGUUGGACUUCAUUUACACAGGCCUAGUCAGCAUUGGCGAGAAUAAUGUUCAGGAGCUGAUUGUGGCGGCAGACAUGUUCCAGCUCAUUGAAGUGGUGAACCUUUGCUGUGAAUUUCUAAAGGGACAGAUUGACCCCACAAACUGCAUUGGACUCUUCCAAUUCUCCGAGCAAAUUGCCUGUCAUGAUCUGAUGGAAUUCACAGAGAAUUACAUCCAUGCCCACUUCCUGGAAAUCCAGAAUGGAGAGGAAUUCCUGGCACUGACAAAAGACCAGCUUGUUAAGAUUUUACGAAGUGAGGAGCUGAGCAUAGAAGAUGAAUACCAGGUUUUCAUAGCAGCAAUGCAAUGGAUCCUAAAGGAUCUGGGAAGAAGAAAGAAACAUGUGGUAGAAGUGCUGGAUACAGUUAGAUUUCCUUUACUACCUCCACAAAGACUUUUAAAGUACAUAGAAGGGGUUCCUGAUUUCAGUCUUCGAGUGGCUCUUCAAACUCUGUUAAAAGAAUACUGUGAAGUGUCUAAGUCUCUCAAAGAGAACAAGGUGAGCAGUUUCCUGCAGCCAUCCAAGUCUCGUCCUCGGAGGAAAGCCAGGAAGUAUCUUUAUGCCGUAGGGGGAUAUACUCGUCUGCAGGGAGGCCGUUGGAGUGACAGCAGAGCCCUCAGUUGUGUAGAGCGUUUUGACACUUUCAGUCAGUACUGGACUACUGUGUCUUCCUUACACCAGGCUCGCAGUGGGCUGGGAGUUGUCGUAGUAGGAGGAAUGGUCUACGCUAUAGGAGGUGAAAAAGAUUCUAUGAUUUUUGACUGUACUGAACGCUAUGAUCCUGUUACGAAGCAGUGGGCAGCUAUAGCAUCUAUGAACCAUCCUCGCUGUGGAUUAGGAGUGUGUGCCUGUUAUGGAGCCAUUUAUGCUUUUGGAGGUUGGGUUGGAGCAGAGAUUGGCACUUCAGUUGAGCGUUUUGAUCCUGAUGAGAAUAACUGGGAAGUGGUGGAUCGCAUGGCAGUGCCUCGUUACAAUUUUGGAUGCUGUGAACUACAAGGUUUAAUUUAUGUUGUUGGAGGCAUUGGCAAUGAAGGAAUAGAACUGUGUUCUGUGGAAGUCUACGAUCCAAUUUCUAAGUGCUGGGCUGCACUUCCUGCAAUGAGUACCAGAAGGGCAUACCUGGGUGUGGCUUCUUUGAACGACUGUAUUUAUGCCAUUGGAGGAUGGAAUGAGACUCAAGAUGCACUCCCAACUGUUGAGAAAUACUCCUUUGAAGAGGAGAAAUGGGUGGAAGUUGCUUCAAUGAAGGCUCCAAGAGCUGGUGUGUGUGUUGCUGCUGUAAAUGGCCUCCUGUACGCCACGGGAGGCAGGACUGCUAGUUUUGAUUCUGCUGCCCCAGUAACUUCAGACUCUGUUGAAGUUUAUAAUCCACACAUGGAUACUUGGACUGAAAUCGCUAACAUGAUCACCAGCCGCUGUGAAGGAGGUGUAGCAGUGCUUUGAAGAAGACAAUCCUUGUAAAAAAAAUCAGCAGGGAUUGGGGAGUGGACAUUAAGUAUUCUGUGAAAAGGAUUUGGGCACUAAGAAAGAAGACUGUUGUCUAGAGAUGGAGGAGACUUCAGUUGUGCUCAUUCCAGUGACUACAGUGCCUGCUGAAGACUUAAGGUUUCUAUCUGAAGCAUAAUCCAUGCAUCAUUCUAAAGCCAUAAAAGCGUUUGAUGAUGCUCGCACUUGACGCAAGUUAAAUAACCUCCUCUUUUUCAUAGAAUAGGGUCCAGUUUGGAUGACUAGAAUUUUACAGUGCUUGAAGUGUAGCAGUUAAUGAUAAUUUAACCAGGUCAUUUCGUAAUGGAAGUUCCUAAGCAAUGGGGUUUGCUCAAAUUUUUCACACUCCAGAAACUUUUUGAAAGACCUUUUUUUAAAAAAAGAAAAAUUGUCCCUUCUGUUUUUUUCAAAGGCCAGUGGAUUUCACUGGUACUCAUUUUGAAGCUGAGUAAUGUAAUCUCAGUCUUUUGAGGAUGACAAUUUUUAUUUUAAAAAAGAAAAACUCUGCACAAAAAUUGGUAUGUGGGCUAAACUGCUGAGAGAGUGAGACUCUAUAAGGAAUGCUUUAUCCCAAGUCCAGCACACUAGAAAACCUCCAAGGAUUGUGGCAGGCAAGAAUCCAUACACAAAUAUAGAUGCUGUAGAGACCCUGCAUGGCGUAGUGGGUAGGAGUAGGUGGAUUCUAAUCUGGAGAACUGGGUUUGAUUUCUCACACUUCCGCAUGAAUCUGGGUGAUCUUGGGCCACUCACAGUUCUCUCAGAACUAUCUCAGCCCCAUCUGCCUCACAAGG